GAUACGCGGUCCAAUUUCUGUAUUAACACAAAACGGACUAAAGACAAAGUUUGGCUAUACUACAACAGUAUAAACUUUCAAAAACUUUGGGAGAUGGCAGAUUCUGGUCUAUCAGAAAAAGCACUUAUCACCGAGAGUGCGGAGACCAUUCGUACUACCUCAGUGUUCACGGACCCUUAUGAACGCUCUGUUAACUAUAUGGAGACUCACAGUAUUCUUCAGAUUUUUCAGGACAUCACAGAGAAACUGGUUUUUGAUAGACCAGACGAUCCACUUCAGUUCAUGUUAGAACAGGUUCAAAUGAAGAUCAAAAUCCGUGAUGAGUCAAGCAACACAUUUGUGAAAUCAUAAUGAAUUCUAAAG